AUGGAACAAUCAAUGUACAUCAAGUUUAAGGUUACAGUCUCAAGAUUUCGUCUGAUAAUUGUGGCAUUGAUAUUGUUCACCUCCUUAACAGAGACAAUUGGUGAUUCUUUUCGACCAUAUUUUGCUGAUUUACAAGCACUUCUACUCAAGUUCCUACAAGAUGAGAUUAGUAAUAAUGUUAGAGUGGCUGCCCUCAAGGAUGUUGGAUCUUUUAUUGAAUUCACUCCUGAUGCAUCUGAAGUGGGUUUGAGGGCAAAAGUGGUAAAUCAAGUAAGAAAUCUUUCUGUUGAAGCCGCUGGGAAGGGUUCUGCCAAAAAAGAUCUCAACAGCCAACGCAACACCUUUAGGGAUAUUCUUGAAUUUCUUGAGGGCGGUUAUGCCCCUAAAACCUCCGUGAAAAUUGGUGGAGAGUCGCUUACAACUACAACAUGGUCCCAACUAAUCCAGUUAAACUUUUUGAAGCGAUUUCUUGGUGGAGGAUUUGUGAAGCACAUGCAGGAAAAUGAAUUUCUUCAUGAGGUAUUCGACUUCACACCAAAGAAAAAGAUUCUAUCAAGCACAGAUCGUGUAUCAGGGAUUGAUAAGAGGAUGUACAGGUCUCCCAACUCGAUAGUCAACAAGGCAAGGAAUCAGUUUCUGAACAAACAGCGGAUGAUGUCCCAGGUACACCAGGCGUUGAUUGCAUAG